AUGCCAGGCAUCUCCCCUGAUGUCAUCACACACAAACUUAACAUCCUCAAAGACUAUUCCCCUGUUAAGCAAAAACGGUGUGCCUUUAACCCGGAGAAGUAUCGAGCUAUCCAGGCCGAGGUCCGGCGGUUAAAAGAAAUCAAAUUCAUACAUGAGGUCUCAUACCCAACAUGGGUUUCCAAUGUGGUCAUGGUCCCCAAGCCCAAUGGCAAGUGGCGAAUGUGUGUCGAUUACACUAACCUCAACAAGGCAUGCCCCAUGGACAGCUUCCCUUUGCCACAGAUUGACCAGCUGGUUGAUUCCACAGCCGGUUUCAAGAUGCUCAGCUUUCUAGAUGCCUACUCGGGAUAUAACCAAAUCAAAAUGCAGCCCACAGAUCAAGACCACACCACUUUUGUUACGGACAAGGGACUGUAUUGUUACGAGGUCAUGCCUUUUGGCCUCAAGAACGCGGGAGCAACCUAUCAGAGGCUGGUCAAUGCCAUGUUUGAAGAGAAAAUUGGGGAAGUCAUGGAAGUCUACGUGGAUGACAUGUUAGUCAAAAGCAAGGCAGAUGACGACCACAUUGCCAACCUAGACAAAGUCUUCACUAAGCUCCUGGCUCACGGGAUGCGCCCCAACCCCCAAAAGUGUAUCUUGGCUGUUAGUGGCAGAAAGUUUUUGGGUUUCAUGGUCAGUGAAAGAGGCAUUGAAGCUAACCCAGAAAAAGUACAAGCCAUACUUGACAUGACGGUCCCAAGGACUCGGAAUAAGGUCCAAUGCCUCACGGGACGCUUGGUAGCCUUGGCUCGUUUCAUCUCCCACCUCACAGACAAAUGCAACCCAUUCUUCCAACUGCUAAAAACUCAAUACAAGGAGAAUGUGGCAUGGGGCCCAGAACACGACGAUGCCUUCAACAAUAUCAAAGCCUACCUUGUAGCGGUCCCCUUUCUCUCCAAGCCUGUCCCGGGAGAAGUACUUUACUUGUAUUUGACUGUUUCCGCCACGACCAUCAGCGCUGCUCUCACACGCCAUGACCAUGACAAUGAACUCCCCGUCUACUAUUGUGGUAGAGGGUUUGCGGAUCCCGAGACCCGCUACCCUGAUAUUGAGAAACUAGCUUUAGCCCUCAUCACUGCGGCAAGAAAACUCAGACAAUACUUCCAAGCUCACACCAUCCAUGUCCUAACCAAUCACCCUCUGCAGCAAAUACUCCAAAAGCCUGAAACUUUAGGGCGCAUGGUAAAAUGGGCAAUUGAAUUGGGAAAAUUUGACCUACAUUUCAAGCCAAGAACAGCCAUAAAAGGGCUCAGUGGAGCAGGGAUAAUAAUUAUAGACCCAGAGGGGAAUUCGUAUGAAUAUGCUCUUCGAUUUGAAUUCAAGGCAUCUAACAACAUAGCUGAAUACGAGGCUCUCAUAACCGGCAUUCAGCUCUGUCGAGAACUCGGCGCCCUGCACAUCCACAUAUUCAGUGAUUCCCAGCUUGUAGUCAAUCAGGUGGUAGGAGACUUCAAAGCCAACCAGAAAAACCUGGGAUCCUACAAAAGUCUAGCUGGCGCCCUCCUCCAACACUUCACAUCUUACAAACUCACACAAAUACCAAGAGCCAAGAACUCCAAGGCAGACGCUCUCGCGCGACUCGCCACAGCCCCUCCCAAGUCCACGCCACCAGAUGUGCACAUAGAAGUCUUGGACAAGCCUAGUAUCUCCAAGGCUUAUUCAGAAAUCUUUGUCCUCGAAGCGCCUAGCCAGCCCUCGUGGAUGGACCCAUAUGUGGCCUUCCUUUCUAAUGGUACCUUGCCCCGAGACAAGCACGAGGCGCAGCGGUUACGCCACAAAGCUUCACUCUACCUACUUAGAGGCAAGAAGUUAUACCGCCGUGGUCAGUCGUGUCCCUUUUUGAGAUGCUUACCUACAGAAGAAGGGCAUAAAGUGUUGAAAUCACUCCACAGUGGUGUUUGUGGAAACCAUGCAGGAGCUCGGAACCUCAUGUUUAAAGCACUAAGAGCUGGAUACUAUUGGCCAACAUUAGAACAAGAUGCAAAGGCAGUUGCCCAAGUAUGCCUUCACUACCACAAAUUUGCUAAUUUUGCCCACCAUCCCCCAGUUCCACUAUCUGUCAUCAUUUCCCCAAUCCCUUUCAGCCACUGGGGCCUCGACUUCGUGGGACGGCUACCCACAGCCCCGGGACAACUCAAAUUUGCAAUUGUCAUUGUGGACUAUAACACGAAGUGGAUAGAGGUAGAACCUCUUGCCACAAUCACAACUGAAAAGGUGAUAAACUUCCUAUGGCGUAAUUUAUAUUGCCGGUUUGGAGUACCACAAGCAAUCAUCACAGAUAAUGGGACACAAUUUGACAAUGACACAUUCAGAGAAUUCCUCUAUGAGCAAGGCAUUGCAAUCUUCUAUGCCUCCCCAACACACCCUCAGACUAAUGGCCAGGUGGAAGCCAUAAACAAGUUUAUCAAGCAAAACCUGAAGAAACGCCUAGAAGAUGCUAAAGGGUUAUGGGCUGUCAAGCUCCCAGAAGUCCUCUGGACAAUUCGUACCACCCCAACAACAGCCACAGGGGAAUCCCCAUACCUCUUGUCCUUUGGCACCGAGGCAGUGAUCCUUGUGGAAAUGGAGGUCCCGAGUGAACGUAUCACAACAUACGAUCCCAAGACAAACGCCACGGGGCUACGACUCAACAUGGACCUCCUCGAGGAACGCCGAGACAGAGCACAUCUCAGAAAUGUCAACAACAAACAAAAGAUUGCUCGACACUACAACAAGAAAGUAGUUCCCUGCCCUCUAAAGGUAGGUGACUGGGUCAUGAAAGAGGUCAUUCCCCACCCCACUAGACUCAAGGCAAAGUGGGAAGGCCCACUGGAGAUAGUCAAUGCCCCGGGGCCAGCUACAUUCUAUCUCCGCGACACUGAUAGCCGAGUCCUACCUCUCCCCUGGAAUGCUCGCCACCUCCACCUCCACCUCCACCUCUACCCUAUUUAA